CUCCAAAGUUGUUGAUUCAUUUUUCUUUACUUGGAUCUGUUAGCUUUGAAGCUUGGAUUGUUAUUGUAAGUUGACAGCAUCAGUGCUGGUUGGGUAUACAGAUGGUGAUCAAUCCACAGGUAGCCUCUUGUAACGUUGGGCUCGCUGUAACUGAGUGUAUGAGAUUGACGAAUGUUGUGUCUUUGCAGCAAGCAAUUUAGUUCUCAUAACUUUUUGUGUUUCUCUUGAUUUAUUGUCUUUUUUAUAUAGAUAUCAUCUUGUUCUAAAUAUUGCAUUGACUGAUCCAUGCAGCUAAACGAGAGCAGCCAAACAGAUGUCACGAGGACGAGAAACAUACAAGGUCGAUCUUGACCGUCCAGUUAGAUCCGACGAUCCAGGUUUAUAAACGGACUACUCUGGAUUACUUCCCUAAUCAUGCCUCCUCUUUGCAAGAGAGAGUUGCGUCCGACCCGACAGCUCAUCGGAUCGGGUUUGAUUAGUUUAUUUGUUGGGUUCCGUGGCUGCCCGAUAUGGCCAUUUCCGAAUCCAAACAAUUAGAUGCGUUUCAAAUGAAUCAAACCACCACUUCCGCCGCACCACACCGUGAUGCGUCGAGACGUUGAUGCGCUCCUCUCCUCCCAGUAUUUCAUCGAACACCUUCGACCACAUCCACAGGUGCAUCCCCAUACGAUGGUGGAGUGCUCUCCCCUCUCCCCUUACCAACUCCCAAGCACCGGUGCUACCGGCGAAGGCCCUCCCUUCGGCUGCACGCAGCUCUCAACUGCGCUCCAUUGUGGCCUUCAUCCAUUCCGCCUCCGCCGUCGGCCACCUGUCCGAGGCCUUCGCUGCCUUCUCCGACCUCCGCCUCCGCUCCCCGGACGUGGCCCUUCUUCUGCGCCCUCUGUCGUCCCUCCUCUCGUGCUGCACCUCCCGCAGCGCCAUUCCAGAGGGCCGGCAGCUCCACGGGCUCGUCCUCGCCCUCGGCUUCCAGGACCACGCCUUCCUGCUUCCCAAUCUCACCUCCUUCUACGCCGCAGGCGGUCUCCUCUCCGACGCCACCUCUUUAGCCGAAAGUUCGAGCAAUAACCGUUCUUUGGCUUGGAACUUCCUCGUAUCUGCGCAUGCCCGCUGCCGGCGUUGGAAAGGUGCGAUUUUUUCCUACAAGCAAAUGGUUGAGAGGGGCGUGAGGGUGGGCAAGCAUGCCUACUCGUCCGUUCUCCGCGCUUGCGGCGAGAUGGGUGACCUGGGCUUAGGAAGGGAGAUUCAUGUUUGCAUGGAUGCCGCUGGGAUAGAAUUGGAUUUGUGCGCUUGGAACUCUUUAGUGGCAAUGUAUGUGAAGUGCGGUGCAGUGGACGCCGCGAGGAGGCUGUUUGAUGGAAUGCCUGAGAGAGAUGUUAUUACUUGGAACUCGAUGAUCUCGGCAUAUGCUUCGGUAGGAAGGUGGGAGGAGGCGUUUGAGUUGCUACAGUCGAUGCUUGAGGGCCCAGGAGUGAACACCGUAACUUGGAAUGCUAUUGUUUCAGGGAAUUUGCAGUUGGGUAACCAUUGGGAAGUGCUAAGGUUGAUCUCCCGGAUGAGAAUCAGUGGUUCAGCUGUGGAUCAUGUGACAUUGGUCAUUGGACUAAAGGCAUGUUCUAAAGUUGAGUCUGUGAGGAUUGGAAAGGAGAUUCAUGGAGUGGCAAUUCGAAUUCACUGCGACGGGAUUGAAAAUAUUGUGAAUGCUUUGAUCACAAUGUACUCCAGGUGCAAGCACACAAGCUAUGCAUACAUUCUGUUUAGAAUUAAUGCCAUGCAGAGUCUGAUUGCUUGGAAUGCCAUGAUUUCAGGAGCUUUGCAUGCAGAAAAACCAGAGGAAGCCUAUUUUCUUUUCCAUAAGAUGAUCGGCUCUAGCAUGCAACCCAACUUUGUUACAGUUAUAACCAUGCUUUCCUUGUGCACUCGUGUUAUGAACUUCGAGCAUGGACGAGAACUACAUUGUUAUAUAACCAAGCAGGGAUUUGAAGACCACCUGGCCCUUGGCAACUCUCUCAUUGGUUACGGAAUGCAGGGGGAAGGAAUCACUUCGUUGAAGCUAUUCCAGCAGAUGAUUAGCAGUGAGAUUGAACCAGACCAUGUAACAAUGGUAGCCAUACUCUCAGCCUGUAGCCACUCGGGACUUGUGACUGAAGGACAGUUGUUGUUCAACCACAUGAUCAGUGUAUAUGGCAUUGCACCUCGAUUGGAACAUUUCUCUUGCAUAGUCGAUUUAUACUGUCGGGCAGGUCUCCUCAAGAAGGCAGAAGAGUUAAUCAAUCAAAUGCCUUUUGAGCCAAGCGUUGCAAUGUUAGCUACCCUUGUUGGUGCUUCUCAGGUUCGUGGGAACAAAGAGAUUGGCCAACGAGCUGCUAAGAAGCUUUUGGAGAUGAAGUGGGGCAAUCCCAGCCACUACAGUUAGUAGUAGUCAUGUUUGCUUCAGCUGCAUGUUGGAUGGAGCUAGGCAACACUAUGGAAAUCGGCAAGGCUCCCAAUUGUUUAUGGUCAUGGCAGUGAAACUAUUGAAUCACUGUCCACUUCAUACUCCUAUAUUACUUUUUGGAUUACUUGAUCACACAUAAUAUCCUGGAUAUACACAUGGAGUGAGGAAUUAGAUUGUUAUCAUGUAACUGGGUGAAAGUAGAUUUUGUGAUAAACCAAAGAACAUGUUUGUGCCUCCUUUAUAGUUUUCUUUUGGGAAAUUCAUGGUUCAUAAUUGCAGUGAUACAUGUGCAUGUGGAUGGAACUGAAAUACCAGAGAACAUGCUGAAUCUGAUGAGAAAUAAAGCCAGCAACCAUGUUGGAUGGACAAGGAUUGAGUUGAGGUACUACAGGUUGAGUGCACUUGCCAGCUUCAAUGGUUAUCAAGGUUUAAAUUGGUAAUAAGAUUAUCUUCUAUGACUUUCUCAUUGUGCAUCAAUAUGGGCUAGUUUGUAGUUUGGACAAAACCAUCUCCUAAGGCUCUGCCCUUGAUGAAUCUCAAGUCUUUGUCAUAGUCAACAUACUUUUGUUUUUCUCUUGACAUUGUUGUUGUUUUGUUGUAUAGACAAUUGCUUUGGUAUACAAAAGAGAUGAUACAGCCAAACAUGGAGGGCAGUGUUGGAUGGAAGUGUUUGGACAAACAGAAGCAAUACUAACAGGAUUUUAUUGUGACAUUGCAUGAAACUAUGAUCUGCGUUCUCAAGUCUUAUCAUAUGGAAUCCAGGCCAAGAGAAAGGGCAACACUUGAUUUCUUUAU